UCUUGCCCUAUCUUCACCUCCAUCUUGAGAACGAUAGCUGGACGCAAAGAUACGACUUUCAUUGUCAAUUAAAUUUCAUCAUCCUUUCUCGACAUAUGGACGCCGCAUCGCACCACUCCUACGGUCAGAUUGCACAUGACCCUUACUCAUCGAUUGAUUGGACCCAAUGGCUGCAGUCAACGUGGCGAGUGGAAUUCUCUUGAGCCGUUUAGGCUGGCUCGAGGCUGGCGAGGUGGCUGUGUACGUAGGUAUGGAUGAUCAACCUCAAUCGAGGCCCAACGCGGGGCUCUCCGACCAAAAUAAAAGGCUGCUGUCGUGUUACGAAGCCAAGGAUAGGACUGUUGCGGCUCAAUAAAUAUUCCUCGGAUGGGCGGAGCCUCGUGAUAUUUCAAUCUUCUCCAGCUAGUGACUGAAAUUACAAUGAAUCCUCGUCUUGGAAUUAGGAUACUUUCUCCCUCAGAAAAGGGGGCAAGCUGGGCGAUCCACGAGAAAUAUGUUGAUUGUUCGACAUUGAUUGACCAAUUACACCCUGAGUUUGGCAGCUUACCGGAUCAAUGCUACAUAUUCAUGCACAAAGAUGACUACCCAUCCGUAAAUGGAGGACGCGAAGCCCUCCUUGCCGCCCUCAACGUCCCCAGCUUCGUCGCCAGCAGGACCUGCUUCGAAGUGAACGGCUACGCGGGAUGUCGACCAGUAUUCGAAGAACAGCAGCAGACCAAUGAUCCCUUUGGGGAGCAAGACGCUACCCCUACACUCACAUCCUGCACGACAUGGUUCCACUAUCUCGCAAAGAUGGUUCGCAAAAUUGAUUCCUUCCAGGAUGAGCAGAAACCCCACGACGAAGAGCCCGAAUAUGUCCGUGGAAAGUCCACAGGUGGAUACGAGUGGUUCGAAAUGAGCGUCUUCACCCGCUGGGAUGCGCCAGGCAAAUGUCGGGUCCUGUGUAUCGACACUCCACCUGAUUUCCCUGAGCGCCUCAAGGACGCCCUGCUGAAAAAAAAGAAGCAGAGUCUGAGUCUCCCGGAAGCCGCCCAAGCAGACCCCUUCGCCCUCCACGCCGACCUCCUAGACAUCAUGAUCGUUUACUCCGACAUUUCCGUUUGGCGCGUGCGCGAUCCCAUUCGGCUCCUCGAAAAGUCGCGGCUCAAUGGGCAUGAUCUGUUCGAGCAGAUCCACGACCACGCAAGGCACGCAUACCACUCGUCCGAGGUGCUGGAGGCGGCGAUCCAGACGGUCGAGCAGUUGGGCAGAUAUCAGCGAGAAAUUCAUGAGACAAUUGCACAUGGGCAGCGCAAUGGCAGAGGCAGUGGCAGUGGCAGCCGCUUGAGUCACGGUCUGACCCUGACCUACAGAGCGCAGGCGAGGGAGUAUACGCAGUUUCAGAUUUCGUUGGUGAAGAGUUUAAAGCUGAGGAGUGAUUCGAGUUUGCAGAGGUUGAAGAACGAGGUUGGACUGGCGUACAACAAUAUUGCCAGACAAGAUAACAGCGUCAUGAAGUCAAUAGCGUUGUUGACCAUGAUCUUUCUGCCUGCUACUUUCAUUUCGGCCCUCUUCAGCACCACUUUCUUCACCUACGGUGACAAUGGCAAAUGGGAAGUCUCCGACGAGUUAUGGAUCUACUUUGUCACGACCGUACCAGCGACCAUCGCCAUCGUGGUCUUUUGGAGGGUAUGGCUUGACUACGGUGAUGUUAUUUACAAGUGGUUCAUGGGAUUGGUGAGCCGAGCGUGGAAGGGGGCGACAAAGUCCGUGUCAAAGACGAGAACGAGAAUUGCAAAGAGUCGGAUUGAGACUGAUAUGGAAGAUGAGGUUGAUCCAGCCGGAUUAAAGACAGAAGCUACGGUAUAAAACAGCGGCUCAUGGGCAUUUCGUUUAAUUUCAAUGGAACCAUUUACAUCAGGUAACUACUUCUAUG